CAAUAUGAAGCAUUUCUUAAAGUACCCGAAUGGAUUUGGAAAAUGGAUCAACACUUUUUGUUCUCAAGACAAACGAAAUUUAGGACAGCACAAAGAGGCGUAAGGUUGGACUGGCAAAGGCUCACUCAUAGCCUCGAAGAGGAUAGGGCUGGGCUCUGAGGAUAUGGCCCAGCAGGAUAACGAGCAAUGAGAUGGUCAAGAAGUGUUUGAGGACGUUCUUGAAUAUAAGUAUCAGCAUCCUCCGCCCUUUCCAUAAUCGAUCUUUCCUUUCCUCCUUAUCCACAUCUGAAAAACCCUCAAAAAAAAACAAAAAACCCAUUCACUUCAAACCACAAUCAUUAAGCUUUACGCUUUCAACCCACCAUCAAAAUGCCUUCCAACACCCAGACCUCCAACUCCUCCAUGGGAGUCAACGGCUACUCCUACUGCGUUGUCAUGUAAAGAGGCUACCCCUCGGGUUGCCUCUUUGCAGCUCUGCAGCUGGGGUGGUGGGCUGACAACAGCAACCUCUCGAUGGUAGGAAUUCCAUCAUCAUCGGGGCAUGGCCCUCUACAAUACACUUCCGCCUGCAGCGCCACGCCAUAAGAGCCGACAAUUUCACACACACUCGAUGAGCACCGGGCCUGCCCCUCUCGACGGCCGCGGCACCUAGACGCACCCUCAACUCUCUUCGCAAUUUCGCCGAGUGUCAUCAAACUUCCAUCACCGAUUUUCUCUUCCACUCUCUCGCAAGGUCUUUCUCCUCGCUUUCUCGAUCCUACAUGGUGACGACCGUGUGGGAAUGAUUGCGCGGCGGGCUAGAGUCUGCGAAUUUUGAAAUCUUUGGAUCUGUUGGGCAUGGUCUUCUCCUUUUGGGACUUGACUGAUGGGUAUUUUUAUUUUACACAACCGAAUGAUGGAGACAGGAGUUUGCAGGAUGAUAGAUCUAGAUUUUCAGAUUACUUUUCUUUCGCGCGCCGGGCUGGUGUGCGCCAAAUGAAAAUCUGGUCGUCGUCUUGACGGCUUCUG